GUGGGGACGCGGAGUCUGAGGCGCACGGCAGAGCGCAAUGGCCGCGUGGGGAGAGCGGCUGGCCGGCGUGCAUGGGGUGCUGCUCGACAUCUCGGGCGUGCUGUACGAUGGCGGUGAGGACGGCGGCACGCCGAUCCCUGGCUCCGUGGAGGCGGUGGCGAGACUGAAGCGCUCGCAGCUGAAGGUGAGGUUCUGCACCAACGAUUCGCAGAAGUCCCGGAGAGAGCUGGUGGGGCUUCUUCAACGCCAGGGCUUCGACAUUUCCGAGGGCGAGGUCACCUCCCCGGCCCCAGCCACCUCCCUGAUCCUGAAGGAGCGAGGCCUGCGGCCACACCUGCUUAUUCAUGACGGAGUCCGCUCAGAAUUUGAUCAGAUCGACACGUCCAACCCCAACUGUGUGGUCAUUGCAGAUGCUGGAGAAGGCUUUUCUUACCAAAACAUGAAUAAAGCCUUCCGGGUGCUCAUGGAUCUGGAAAAGCCUGUGCUCAUUUCUCUGGGAAAAGGACGCUACUACAAGGAGACCUCGGGCCUGAUGCUGGACGUCGGUGCCUACAUGAAGGCGCUCGAGUAUGCCUGUGGAAUCGAAGCUGAAGUGGUGGGGAAACCUUCUCCUGAGUACUUCCGGUUGGCCCUGAAGGAGAUGGGGGUGGAAGCCCACGAGGCCAUCAUGAUUGGAGAUGAUAUCGUGGGAGAUGUUGGCGGUGCCCAGCGGUGUGGAAUGAGAGCCCUACAGGUGCGGACGGGAAAGUUCAGGCCGAGUGACGAGCAGCAUCCGGAAGUGAAGGCUGACGGGUACGUGGACAACCUGGCAGAGGCCGUGGACUUGCUGCUGCAGCAUGCCAUCAAGUGACGAGCCUUGUGGGGCGGCCCCCAGCCUCGCGCCUCCCCCCGCCCGCCCCGUGCCUGGGCCAGGUGCCCCUGCUUCCCCCCUGACUCCUGGGGAGUUGUUGCUCCCCGGGUGGCCUGUCCUCUCGCCCCAGUGAAGUCCGAGGGUGGGACAGACCCCUGGGUGCUUCCGGGAACACUCUGCGGGAACACCCUCCAGCCACCUGGCCCUGUGAACAUCCCCGCUAACUGGACUGAGGGACCUUUACCCCCCUGCCCCUCUAUCACUCAUUCUGUGCAUUUGACGGAGGAACCUGGGGAAGGCGGGGGCUUCCUGCUCCGUCCAUGCGGCCCUGGGGGCUGAGCCAGCCUCCCUGGGACUGCCCAGCAAGCCCCCGCCCGCCUCCUGGCCCCCACCCAGAGUCAGAGUGGCCACUGGGCACCCCCUCCCUCUCCUACCCCAAAAAGCACCUUGGAGCCCGAGGCUGGGGCAGCUCCCGGGGCACUGAAGACGGCUGUCCUUCAAAGCAGGAAUUGUAACCGCGGGGGUCAAGGCUGCGGGCCCAGAGGGUGCUUCCGGGGCCCUAACUUGGUAGACUUGAGUGUGUCAUGCCCCACGUCGGCAGGGGCAACGACUAUUAAAUAAACUGCCCUGACCCGA